AUGCUAAGUGAAAAAUUGGUGCUGAAUAAACAGAAACGUUGGAAGCCUCCACAUUCCCGACGGCGCAUGCGCCAAGCGUCGCAGAAUGGCUAUACAGAACAAGUUUCUCACACUCCUUUUAAUCUCCUAGUCACGGCAGCGCACACGAGACGAAAGCGGGUCAAGACAAUCGACCUUCGUCCUCGAGGAGUGAUAACCUGGGCCUGGAGACCUUCAAGUGCUUGCUGGAAUCACGAGGCUUUGCUUGCCCGCAGACGAGGCCGCAGGGAGGACGUCUCGACAGCAGGGGGACGUCUCGACAGAAGGGAACAUCUCGACAGAAGGGAACGUCUCGACAGAAGGGGACGUCUCGACAGAAAGGAACGUCUCGACAGAAGGGAACGUCUCGACAGAAGGGAACGUCUCGACAGAAGGGGACGUCUCGACAGAAAGGAACGUCUCGACAGAAGGGGACGUCUCGACAGAAGGGAACGUCUCGACAGAAGGGAACGUCUCGACAGAAGGGAACGUCUCGACAGAAGGGGACGUCUCGACAGAAGGGAACGUCUCGACAGAAGGGAACGUCUCGACAGAAGGGGACGUCUCGACAGAAGGGGACGUCUCGACAGAAGGGGACGUCUCGACAGAAGGGAACGUCUCGACAGAAGGAAACGUCUCGACAGAAGGGAACGUCUCGACAGAAGGGGACGUCUCGACAGAAGGGGACGUCUCGACAGAAGGGAACGUCUCGACAGAAGUGAACGUCUCGACAGAAGGGGACGUCUCGACAGAAGGGGACGUCUCGACAGAAGGGAACGUCUCGACAGAAGGGAACGUCUCGACAGAAGGGGACGUCUCGACAGAAGGGAACGUCUCGACAGAAGGGAACGUCUCGACAGAAGGGAACGUCUCGACAGAAGGGGACGUCUCGACAGAAGGGAACGUCUCGACAGAAGGGAACGUCUCGACAGAAGGGAACGUCUCGACAGAAGGGAACGUCUCGACAGCAGGGGGACGUCUCGACAGAAGGGGACGUCUCGACAGAAGGGAACGUCUCGACAGCAGGGGGACGUCUCGACAGAAGGGGACGUCUCGACAGAAGGGAACGUCUCGACAGAAGGGGACGUCUCGACAGAAGGGAACGUCUCGACAGAAGGGAACGUCUCGACAGAAGGGGACGUCUCGACAGAAGGGAACGUCUCGACAGCAGGGGGACGUCUCGACAGCAAGAGGACGUCUCGACAGAAGGGGGACGUCUCAACAGAAGGGGACGUCUCGACAGAAGGAGACGUCUCGACAGCAAGAGGACGUCUCGACAGCAGGGGGACGUCUCGACAGAAGGGGGACGUCUCGACAGAAGGGGGACGUCUCGACAGCAAGAGAACGUCUUGA